GUCAAAGUUCACCAGCCAGCCUGUCACAACCAGCUAGCAUUAUAGCUAACGUCACUAAAGAAGACCUUCUCUGUCAAAAUGGAUGUAAAUCAGGCGAAACAGGAACACUUACUCGCAUUAAAAGUGAUGCGGUUAACAAAACCGACACUCUUCACAAACCUGCCAGUGACGUGUGAAGAUCGAGAUCUGCCAGGGGAUUUGUUUGGUCAGCUUAUGAGGGAGGACCCAUCCACCAUCAAAGGAGCAGAGAUUUUAAUGCUUGGAGAGAUGCUUACAUUACCACAGAACUUUGGAAAUAUUUUCCUCGGCGAGACCUUCUCCAGUUACAUAAGCGUGCACAACGACAGCAACCAAGUGGUGAAGGACAUUCUUGUGAAGGCUGACCUACAGACCAGCUCCCAGAGGCUCAACCUGUCAGCGUCAAACUCCGCAGUAGCAGAACUCAAACCUGAGUGCUGCAUCGAUGACGUCAUCCACCACGAAGUCAAAGAGAUCGGAACACACAUCUUGGUUUGUGCUGUCAGUUACACCACUCAGUACGGGGAGAAGCUCUAUUUUCGGAAGUUCUUCAAAUUCCAGGUUUUGAAGCCGCUGGAUGUGAAGACCAAGUUCUACAACGCAGAGAGUGACCUCAGUUCUGUGACGGAUGAAGUGUUCCUGGAGGCUCAGAUCCAGAACAUCACCACCUCACCGAUGUUCAUGGAGAAGGUCUCUCUCGAGCCCUCCAUGAUGUACAACGUCACAGAGCUCAACACGGUCGCCUCCGGGGACGAAGGAGAGUCCACAUUUGGGAAGAUGUCCUACCUGCAGCCCAUGGACACCCGGCAGUACCUGUACUGCCUGAAGCCAAAGCCGGAGUACGCGGAGAAGGCCGGCGUCAUCAAGGGCGUGACGGUGAUAGGCAAGCUUGACAUCGUAUGGAAGACCAAUCUCGGGGAGAGAGGGAGGCUGCAGACCAGUCAGCUGCAAAGAAUGGCUCCAGGCUACGGAGAUAUCAGGCUGUCUUUGGAGAUGAUUCCUGACACGGUCAACCUUGAAGAACCUUUCGACAUCAUCUGUAAAAUCACCAACUGCAGUGAAAGAACCAUGGACCUGGUGCUGGAGAUGUGUAACACCAGAUCGAUCCACUGGUGUGGAGUUUCAGGGCGGCAGCUGGGGAAACUGAGCCCCGGUGCCUUCCUCUCUCUGCCCCUCACACUCCUCUCCUCCGUCCAGGGCCUGCAGAGUAUUUCCGGAUUGAGGCUCACAGACACGUUUCUGAAGAGGACGUACGAAUACGACGACAUCGCACAAGUGUGUGUGGUCUGCCCGUACACGAACAACGAGUGCUAGGAGUUUUAUUCACCUUUUCCUGUGUGUGUUUUAGAUAUGAAUGGACCAACAGUGGAAUUCUGCGCAAAACGCUGACAUUUCACUCUUUUUGCAACCUGAGGGGAUAAUAAUGUAUUUUAAAAUGAAUUGUGAAUAAUAUGCAUCACUUUAUUUGAAAAUAAUGAUGUACAUGUGCAUAAAUGUUAAUAAAAAUCUGUAAUCUUUGAUUUCCUAUUGCUUUUCAAAACAUAUUUCAUGAUGUCUGUGGUGGCUUUUGUCAUUAAAAAUGCUCCCAGAGAAUAUAUGAGAGAAAACUUUAAAUUUU